AUGGGUGAUUUAAAAAUCCAGACUGGCCUACUGAUGAUGGCCUGUUAUUUUAUAUACUUAAUAUUGGGAUCUUUGAUAUUCCAAGCCCUGGAGACUGACUUUGAGAGAAAUAUGAUAACAUCAGUAUAUGAAACGAAAGCUGCUUUCCUGAGGAAACUUAAUAAUCUAACAUCAGAAGAUGUUGAAUCCUUUGUGAAGAAUCUGACUCAUGCUGUCCGAAAUGGAAUAUAUCCCCUAGGAAAUGCAUCAGACCAUCAUACUAAUUGGGACUUCAGCAACUCCCUUUUCUUUGUGGGCUCCAUUGUAUCAACAAUAGGUUAUGGGAUUCUAUCUCCCAAGACAGCUGGCGGGCAGCUUUUCUGUGUCAUCUUUGCUUUGUUCGGAAUCCCUUUAAAUAUCAUUUUCCUCCAGCACGUGGGUAAGACGCUUUCCCUGUUAAGUGCAAAGCUUGGGAAAUGCCUUAAGAGGCGGGAAAUGAAUGAGAAAAAAACCAGGUUUCUGACACUUCUGAUUUUCCUGAUGUCUGGAAUUAUCAUCUUUUUUGGGUUACCACCAUUUGUCUUCUGUUCAACAGAGGGCUGGACCUAUAAUGAAGGGCUUUACUUUACAUUCAUCACUCUAAGCACUGUUGGUUUUGGUGAUUAUGUAGUAGGUGUACAGCCUGGGAGAAAAUACUUUCCCUAUUACCGAACCCUGGUGGCAAUUUGGAUUUUCUUUGGUCUUGUCUGGAUUGCUCUUCUAUUUAAUUUGUUAGUCAGAUUUUUGGAACACACAGAAAAAAAAAUAGUUCAGGACAUCCACAAGAUAAGAAAAGUAGGAAGAGACAGUAGAAUCCUGACAAAACGCCAUGAGAGAUCACCAAUAGACACUGAAGAAGAUCCUCAGAAAUUUAUUUGUGUAAGUGCAGAACAGGUCAAUGAAGAAAAAGAAAGAAACCAGUCUCUUUGUGAGCCUAUCUUGUGAUGUCCCUUGAACCGAAAUUAUAUUGUGAUGUUUGACAAGGUAUGUUUUGUAAAAGGCUAUCUUCAGGAGAAAAUGACAACCAAACAAUUGUGGA